AUGGAUGUCAUCGACAGAUUCGAAUCUGGGCUCUUUGUCCACCAGCUGAACGUGAAUCCAGGAUUUAUCCCGCCCUCACAACCUUCAAAGGGUAAACGAAAAUAUGAUCCUGCUGAUCGAUCUAUCGCACUGCCAACCCCCAGUCUGGAGUCUAGUCAAGAAACCCCUCUCCCACUGCUGAGCGUCUCCAUUGAUGUUGACCUCAACGGAACACUCUCCACCACCAAGGUCACUCAGAAAUUCACCAACGCCGCUGCCAGCGCCGCGCAAAACGCUCGAUAUUUGUUCCCCAUAUACAAUGGGUCCGUCGUUACCUCCUUUAAGUGCUGGAUCGGCCCCGAUAAGCUGCUUGAAGGGGACGUCAAGCCCAAGGAAGUUGCGCGUGCGGACUUCCAGCAAGCAGUCUCACGACACAAAGCAGCUGUGCUGGUUGAAGAGGUGACCCCAGAGAUCUUUGAAACAAACCUGGGAAAUAUUCCUGCGCAGACAACUGUCAGGGUUGAGAUCGCUUACACCGGUCUUCUGAAAGUGGACAUCAGCACGGGAGGGCUAGUUCUCAAUAUCCCGACCUCUGUUGCGCCGCGAUAUGGAAGUGCCCCGGAAGAGUACAGUGCAGCCGAUCCUCUACCCACCGAAGGUCUGCGGAUCAGUAUCCACGCGUCGAUGCCAGCAGCUAUCCGCAAGAUGGAGUCGGGUACACACCCUAUCUCAGUUGAGAUCGGAGCAGUCUCCCACCAGAGCUUCCAGACCUUCGCCGCAGGGGCUUCAUCAGAGACGUUCGACCCUUCCAAAGCACGCGCCAACCUGGCAGAUAGAUCAGCAGUUCUCCAUCGAGAUUUUGUCUUAUUUAUCAUCCUUUCGAGCCCGAGGGAGUUUAUGCAGUCGCAAGCCGUUGCCACUUCACAACCCGAAAUUCCCGGUCGGUCCACGGUUGCCAUAACAAUAAACCCCGGAAAUCUCUUCCUGCAAAUGGUCAAUCCUGACGACUUCAACGGCGAGAUCAUCUUCAUGGCCGAUAGAUCCGGCUCCAUGGAAAGAAACAUCCCCUCAUUGAUCGAUGUGAUGAAUGUUUUCCUGAGGAGUCUUCCCCAGCAGUGCUCCUUUAACAUUGCUUCUUUCGGCUCAAGUGUUUCGUGGUUGUGGCCUGUUUCAAAAGUCUAUAACCAGGAUCAGCUAGAUAUCGCGACCCAGCAUGUUGCAGCGUUCCAAGCAAAUCUCGGGGGUACGGAGAUCUUGUCUGCUCUACAGAGUGUGCUCCACUACCAUGACAAAAGGCUUGAUGUUCCAACGAACGUGAUACUGCUAACGGACGGGGAAGUGUGGGAUGUGGAUCAAGUGAUUCGAUUCGCGAAAAAUACCGCUUCAGACCGCAAUGUGAACAUAAGAUUCUUUGCGCUUGGUAUCGGUGAUCGCGUAUCUCAUCGAUUGGUUGAGGGUAUUGGACAACAGGGCGGUGGAUGUGCAGAGAUCGUCGCAGAGUCUUCCCCGGGGUCAUGGCAAGGUAGAGUGAUCCAGAUGUUGAAGGCGGCGUUGACGCCCCCCGUCUGCGGUGCGAGGUAG